AUGGCGCCCCUCAGGCUAAGGAAAGUUGGGCUCCCCCUCCGGGCUGGCGGCGGGGUUGCUGGGAAAGACGCUGACGCCGCGGCCUCCCUUUCUCUUGCCAAGUUUAUCCACACCUUGGAGGACCAGCCCACGUUCUCCCAGCGCGACCGGUGCUACGUGGCCUCGCUGCUGUCCCUGGCGCUCCACGGCAAGCUGGAAUACCUGACGGACAUCAUGAAGACGCUGCUCAACGACCUCGCGGCCCAGUAUGUCCACAAGAACCCCAAGCUGAUGCUUCGCAGGACUGAGACCAUGGUGGAAAAACUACUCACCAACUGGAUGUCCAUCUGCCUCUACUCCUUCCUGAAGGAGGUGGCAGGGGAGCCCUUGUACAUGCUCUUCCGGGCCAUCAAGUACCAGGUGGACAAGGGCCCUGUGGAUGCGGUGACGGGCAAGGCAAAGCGGACCUUGAACGACAGCAGGCUUCUGCGGGAGGACGUGGAAUUCUGGCCCCUGACCCUGACCGUGCUGGUAGGGUCUGGGGCUGGCACGGCCGAGCUGCAACGAGUGCCCGCCCGAGUGCUCAACACCGACACCAUCACUCAGGUCAAGGAGAAGGUGCUAGACCAGGUCUACAAGGGCACGCCCUUCUCCCAGAGGCCUUCAGUGCAUGCCCUGGACCUUGAGUGGCGUUCAGGGCUGGCUGGCCACCUGACCCUGUCAGAUGAGGAUUUGACUUCCGUGACCCAGAAUCAGUGGAAAAGACUCAACACUUUGCAGCAUUACAAGGUCCCGGAUGGAGCCACUGUGGGACUCAUCCCCCGAAUGCACAACGGGAAUGGCCUCUCCAAGAGCCCCAAUCAGAGUUUUCUGUCUGGAGAGAGCUUACCCAUGCUGGAGGACGGAGACGAGAGCGGCAUCCGGCUCUGGCACCUGGUCAAGUGUACCGAGGAGCCCGAGGUCCCCAAGCAGAGGAGGAGCAGCCUUCGAGAGCGAGAACGGGCCAAGGCCAUCCCGGAAAUCUACCUCACGCGCUUACUGUCCAUGAAGGGCACACUGCAGAAGUUUGUAGAUGAUACCUUCCAAGCCAUCCUCAGUGUGGACCGGCCUGUGCCCAUUGCAGUCAAGUAUUUAUUCGACUUCUUGGAUGAGUUGGCAGACAAAUAUGGCAUCGAGGACCAAGAAACCCUGCAUAUCUGGAAAACCAACAGCCUGCUGCUGCGCUUCUGGGUAAACACCCUGAAGAACCCCCAGUUCAUCUUUGACGUCGGGGUCUCAGACAAUGUGGAUGCUAUUCUCACUGUCAUCGCUCAAACCUUCAUCGACUCCUGCACCAUCUCUGAGCACAAAGUGGGCCGGGACUCUCCUGUGAAUAAACUUCUCUAUGCCCGGGAGAUUCCUCGAUACAAGCAGAUGGUGGAGAAGUAUUAUGCAGAUAUUCGGCAGAAUACAACUGCCAGUUACCAGGAAAUGAACUCAGCCUUGACAGAGUUAUCCGGGAACUAUGCUUCUGACAUCACCUGCCUGGUUGCCCUGCAUGAACUGUAUAAUUACAUCAACAAGUAUUAUGACCAGAUUAUCGGUGCCCUGGAAGAAGACCCCGUGGGACAGAAGAUGCAGUUGGCCUACCGACUUCAACAAAUUGCUGCUCUGGUGGAGAACAAAGUGACCGACUUGUGAGGACCCAACCCCCAGAGCCCAGAUCUGGGGCCAAGGAGAAGGAGAUGGACCAGCCUGUUUGGGUGUGGGGAGCUGCCCCAGCCAGGCUCGCCAGUCAGCUGCCAGGGCUCCUGCUCUCUUACCAGUAGUGCCUUUUGCCCCGGCUCCCCGUUCAGUCACCUGGAUGACUCUGCCCUUCCCAAGUUUCCCUGCCCUCCCCACUCCCAACCACUGCCAUGAUAGUCAGAGAGGGCUGUAUAGAGCCUCAAAAGAAGUUAGGCCUGGAGUGGCCAAGGCUUGACCCUCUCUUCCCAAGUGGAUCAUGGGACACUAUCUGAGACACUUUUCCAUGCUGGAGAAGGGCCAGGACUUCCUGCUCAAGUCAGUCUGGCUUCCAUGGCUUCCCCUUGCCCCUGUCACUAGGAAUACUAGUGGGGCUCUGCGUG